UGCAAUGGUGAGUGUGAAGGCUAUCGAGAAAGUGACUUGGCGUGCGUACUGAUGCUACGCCCUCCUUCCUAUUCUCGCAGGGACUUCUUGCCUCGAGAUCACCCGCAUGAGCCCACGUACGCUCCAGAAGGGAAUACAAUGAUCUCUCUCUCUCUUGCCUCGAGGCGCCGCACACGCCCGGCAAGCACAGCCCAAUCCUCAACGGCGACUACGGCUGCGCUCAAUAUCUGAUGCGCAAGAGCCAGCAAGAGGCCCUGUCUGCGACGGCUGCCAAGUCUCAACUCUGGCAGUGGAUCCACGAAACGGCCAGGGAAGACUGGCUGGAGAUCCUUCGACGCCGCUUCGCAGCCAAGACGCUGCUGUACCAGGUCAUUUAUGGGCAAGAAGCCGGCCGGCCGAAGCGAUGGCUGGAGCUGCGCCCUCCAAAGGCACUUAGUGAUGGGCUGCGACCGGGCAAGUGGUUGCUCGGCGCUGAGUCCCUUGGGAGGGGGGCAGCAUCAAACGGGUCAAGCGUGCGAGGCAUCUCGAGGGCAGAGAGGUACCUCUUUGCCGACCUGAAGAUCGUCGCAACGGAUACCAGUGGGAAGUCGAUGCCAUGGACACUCGAGGGCAAGCCCGACUCAGAGCUCUCGGGCGCUGCUCGCCGGUUGAUGGACCUCGUGCUCUCAACGCGACCGGAGGAGGAGCAAAGGGCACGACACCAGGCGCACGAUGCCUGUGUCGCAGAGGAGCAGUCGGACCCCCUCCUCAAACACCCUGGUUUCCUUCAGCUGGCGCCCGAGUAUCAGAGGGCAAUCUUGGGCAAGCUAAGCUUGACGGCCAGCGGGAGCCUCUACCUGGGACCGGCCAACUCCUUCGUCAUCACCCCGUCAAAGUUGCGAAAGCUCCGUGAGGUCGGCAACAUGGAGCCUAGGAGCUCGACACUCGCCCGACUUCUUUGCAGGCGCCCAGAGGACGCCAUUGAGGGCGAAGCCAACUUCGUACACACUUACCCUAUGUUUCCAUCCACUCCGCGUCCGGCGCUGAAACCUGACGGCCGAGGGACCAACAGCACACGCCGCUCAGGGUCGAGCCGUCCAGCGCCCGCCCGUCAAGCCUAGUGACCUACGCUUACACGCAACAUGCCCGCCUUCGUAGGCGAUACAAAGCGACCUCAAAGCUCCUCGCCACCCGGCUCAGCUGCCGCCGAGCUCAGCGCAUCUGCACCCCAUCGUGCUCAGCACUACGCCCUCUCACCCAAGCUCCUCAAGGGCGACGAGAUGGACCCAGGAAGCGAAGAGGAUGAUGCCACCUUGACACUCGCGGCGGAGUCAUCUCUGCAAGACGCUGAGGAAGAGGAGAUGGACGAUGAGG